GCCAAUGACCGCUUUUCUUCCUUCCUGGGUCCUGCGGAGAGGCAAGAUGGCUGCCCCCAGCCCGAGCCGGUGUCUUUUUCUAGCAGCAACAGCGCUGCUGCUUCUUUUCUUCGGCCGCUGCAGUUCGGCGGUCGGUCACGGAGCGCAGGAUCAAGCAGAACAUUUUUUUAGAAGCGGACAUACAAACAACUGGGCUGUUCUGGUGUGCACAUCUCGAUUCUGGUUUAACUAUCGCCAUGUGGCCAAUACUCUCUCAGUUUACAGAAGUGUCAAGAGACUUGGAAUUCCUGAUAGUCAUAUAGUUUUAAUGCUAGCAGAUGAUAUGGCCUGCAAUCCAAGAAAUCCGGUUCCAGCCACUGUGUUUAGUCACAAAAACAUGGAACUGAAUGUCUACGGAGAUGACGUGGAAGUGGAUUACCGAAAUUAUGAGGUUACCGUGGAAAAUUUUUUGAGAGUGUUAACAGGCCGAAUACCAGCAAGUGCGCCUCGUUCCAAACGUUUGCUUUCUGAUGACAGAAGCAAUAUUCUCAUAUAUAUGACAGGUCAUGGUGGGAAUGGUUUCUUGAAAUUUCAAGAUUCGGAAGAAAUCACGAAUGUGGAACUCGCUGAUGCCUUUGAACAAAUGUGGCAGAAAAGGAGGUACAAUGAAUUGCUAUUUAUCAUUGAUACAUGCCAAGGAGCAUCGAUGUACGAGCGGUUUUAUUCUCCCAAUAUAAUGGCUUUGGCUAGCAGCCAAGUUGGAGAAGAUUCACUUUCUCAUCAACCAGAUCUUGGCAUUGGUGUCCAUUUGAUGGAUAGAUAUACAUUUUACGUCUUGGAAUUUUUAGAAGAAAUUAACCCAGCAAGCCAGACGAAUAUGAAUGACCUGUUUCAGGUAUGCCCUAAAAGUUUGUGUGUAUCAACACCUGGACACCGGACAGAUCUGUUUCAGAGAAAUCCUGACAAUGUCUUGAUAACUGAUUUUUUUGGGAGUGUACGAAAAGUGGAAAUUACAACUGAGACAGUUUCUCUGGAUCCUAAUUUGGCACCUGCAGAAAUAAGGCCUGUUAUGGACGAAAUAGCAACGGAACCUUUAAAAUAUGCAGAACAGCUUCCAGUAGCACAAAUAAUACACCAGAAACCGAAACAAAAGGACUGGCAUCCUCCCGGAGGCUUUAUUUUGGGACUUUGGGCUCUAAUUAUCAUGGUCUUCUUUAAAACCUAUGGAAUCAAGCACAUGAAGCACAUCUUUUAGAACUUCAAAGCAACCACAUUUGAACUGUGAAUGUCUCCCUAUCUGAAAAUAUUUGAAUGGAUAAUGUCAUGAACUUAUCUGCUUGAAAUAUUUUGUCACAUUUUGUUUCAUCUCUUAAAAUGAACUUUAAUUUAACUUUUUUUUAUUUUUAAAACACAACGUAAUUUCAUAACAGGGUUGAAGUUACUCUACUUGUAAAUUUCCACCUGCAAGAAUCCACUAGUAGAAAAACAAAUCUGUACUGCGUACAAACAAGGCUACUUUGAAAGAACAUAAGCAUGAGUACGUUUCCUUCAAGAUCACAGCAACCCUACAAUACAAGAAAGCAUCAUGAAUGCCACCAUGAAGACAGACUCUAGGUGAAAAAAAACCUCUACAGUUAAGUGGCAGUGCUAAGAUCUUAGAAAAUUUGUUUCUUAUCCUUCUUUCCAUCAUAUCUGAAAUGACAGUUAUUGUUAUUUUUCAUUAUGUAGAGCACCUGAUGAGUAGCUUUUAUUUCUAUAAUAGCCAGGCAAGAAUAUCUUGUUAUGAAAAAGAAUGGUUAGAUCAAACAGUGGGAGGUAAUAGAUGAAUGCAGAGGACAUUUUAUUAAAAUAUUUUAAAAUAAAUGAACAUCUGAGCUGCACUGAACAAUAGUCGUGUCUAUUAUUAUUUAUAAAAAAUAGUUCCGCUGUCAUUGAAGCAAAGGUUUAGACAAUAUGCGGAACCUUAUUUAAGAUGUCUUCCUAUUGAUAUAUACUUAAGUCACUUGGCAGAUUUUUGCUGUACGUAUUGAAUAUCUGCUCAACAGAAACAAAAAUACUCUCAGGGAAUAUUGAUUAGUACUGUUUAAAUUCAGCCUCUUAGAUCAAACCUUUGCCUGCAGCUAUUAUAUUUCUAGGAUCGCAUGACUCAUUCAAAUUUACAACCAAUAGAAAAUUCAUCAGUUCUUCAGUAAUUAUGCACUUAGAUUUUCCACAUCCAGUCCGCUAGCCUGGUAGAUCCAGAUUACAUUCAAAGGCAUGGGCAUAAAACAUGUUUAAUAUAGCUUUAGACUGAGCUAUACAUUUGUGUACAUACAAUUCCUGAGGUAGCAUGUUCAUGGAGAAAGGUAUAGGUAAAUAUUUUUGAGUGGAUUAUGCUAAAUCAUUUAAAUCAAACCUGCACAUAUAUGGGUAUUUAUUUUUAUUUAGGAUACAAAAGCUGGGUGACAUACCAUAGAACAUUGUUUCUGAAACUUGGCAGCUUUAAGAUAUGUGGACUUCUGGAAUUUUCCAGCAAGAGAAGUCCAUAUGUCUUCAAACAGUCAAGGUUGAGAAACAUUGCCAUAGACCUAGGAUGCAUUACUACAAGUUCUGCAUUAUGGUGAGUAUAAUUCUCUAUUGGGGAUAUUCUGUUUCAUAAACACAAAACACUGACUAGUAUGAGGAAUGAAAUGAUUUUGUGUGUUUCAGAUUUCACUUCAUACAUAAUUAGUUGGGUUUAUAUAAUAUUGAAUUAGAGGCAAAAAGAAACUGUGGAUUACUUAUAUAGAUAAGGUAAGAUCAACAUUGCUAAAUCUGAAUUUGAUUAAGAUAGUUGUCU